AUGCAAUUUUUCAAAGCGGCCACUGCUCUGGCUUUCCUCACCUCUUUGGUGCAAGCUGACUCAAACGUGAGAUACAUCACUUCUGAUGGUGUGGUGUACAGUUUCGCGGUCGUCACUAGUACCAUUAAACCAGCUACAACUUUCCUCAGCACAUUAUACUACACCACGACUGAGGUGAUUCCAAUAACAUUGGCUAAUGAGAUCGUAUCCUCUACUACCAUGGCCGUCACUAAAGCGUCUACUUUCUCGGUCACGAGCAGUCCUACUGAUGCUCCUUCGUCUCAAACGUCCAGUACACAGAGCAGCUCAAGCAGCUCCUCUAGCACUCCUUCGAGUAGCUCCUCCAGCACUCCCUCGAGUAAGUCCUCCAGCACUCCCUCGAGUAGCUCCUCCAGCACUCCCUCGAGUAGCUCCUCCAGCACUCCUUCGAGUAGCUCCUCCAGCACUCCUUCGAGUAGCUCCUCCAGCACUCCUUCGAGUAGCUCCUCCAGCACUCCUUCGAGUAGCUCCUCCAGCACUCCUUCGAGUAGCUCCUCCAGCAUCUCUGCAAGUAGCACUUCGAGUGGUGCUUCUAGCAGCUCCCCAAGUUCUUCGAAACAACCAAGCAGCACCUUUUCCAUGGCUGGCAAUACUGGCAGUGCUUCUUCAAGCACGACUGCUCAAUCCUCAGCAAGCAGCAGUCCCAUUGUUACCAGCACUUCUUCGAUCACAACUCUAUCUCCAAGCAGCAGCUCAGCAUUCAAAUCUGACACCGCCUCUAUAGAUGGAGAAGCCUACACGACAGAAUAUGAUGAAAACGGUUCUUGUACCGUGUUUUACGACGAUAGUGAUUACUACACCACUAUCUAUUUAACAGAUCCAAGCCAAUCUGUUGACGCGUUCACCACUUACACUAGCACACAAACGGUUUUCCAAACCAUAUCGACCUAG